UCAACGGCCGUCCUCUCAUGGUGGAACUGUCCAUUCAGGUCGGCCGUAAUCUUCGCCCAGACAUCGUGUUUCUUUUGGUUGGAAACACCAACCGUCUUGAAGUUCCUCUUCAAAACGUGGACUUCGUCCCUGUAUAACAUAGCCAGCUGGAGAGACUCGUCGUCUCCCCAGUUAGCCUUCCUUUGACGUUUAGGUUGAGGAUCCAUGCCGUGAGUAAACACUACCGAACAGCUGAGAGGGCGGUACAUUUGUUUACACACUUUUCAACGGGAAUACGUUUCCGCGCAUUUUCUCAUAACGAAUUUCUAUUUUACCAUUUCUAACUUCCCCAAAAGUCGUAAUAUGAGGUCAAAAUAAUGUAAAUCAAAGAAAAUGAUGUCAAUAAUAUAUUAUAUUCCAUAAAUUUAGAGUUAACAAAUUGUGAGCCGUGCGUUCUAGCGGCUCACGGUGUUGUUGAUUUACUGCGCUAUGGCCGACGACAAGAAGAAGAAGAAGAAGACUUCUGACGGUCAUUAUACUGACGGUCAUAAAUUCUGUUAGCUAUGACGGUUAGUUAUGGUCGACCAUAAGCACUAUGUAGAAUACGGGCCCUGGGCCCGUAUUCUACAUACCGUCAUAACUUCUUCUGACGGUCAUAGCGGAACAAAAUGGCGCAUUUCAGACAUAACUCCGUCAGAAACUCUUAUGGUCGACCAUAAACUCUUAUGGACGACCAUAAAAUUGCGCGGGACGCUGAGGUCGGGUUCACCCUGUCAUAACUCUGCUUAUGACCGUCAGAAGCGCGUCAACAUGGCAGCCCCACGUCAACACGCUCCCCAGCCUUUUCGAAGAAGAGACGUACUGAACGAGCUCAGCGAUGCUGAGCUUAUCAGGAGAUACAGACUUGACAAGGAAGGUAUUUUGUACGUCACUGAUCUUGUGAGGGAAGCCUUGUCAAGUGACACCAAGAGGAGAAACCCACUCACCCCGGAGAUGAAGGUGAUCAUCACACUGCGGUAUCUUGCCACGGGAAAAAUGCAAAUGUGUAGCAGCGACGACCUCGGCCCAUCACAGCCCAGCAUCAGCAGAGCCAUCACCCAGACCAUUGACGCCCUUGCAAACGUCAAUAUUCUCAAGCAGUUCAUCAGCUUCCCCACCACCCAAGACGUUACUGAGGCGAACAAGGCAGACUUCCUCACCAUUGCAAAUUUUCCCGGGGUUAUUGGUGUCGUUGAUGGGACACACGUAAGGAUUGUGGCACCAAAGGAGGAGGAAGACGUGUUUGUCAACCGCAAGGGAUAUCACAGUAUUAAUGUGCAGGUCAUAUUCGAUGCCAACUAUCGAAUACUGGAUAUCCUAGCGAAGUGGCCUGGCUCAGUGCAUGAUGCACGUAUUUUGAAUGGCUGUGGAGUGGCAGAAUUGUUCCAGAGAGGGCAUGUGCCACCAGGUAGUCACUUGUUGGGAGACAGUGGCUAUCCCAGCAAGCCAUGGCUCCUGACACCUUACCUGCGACCUCUGCCUGGACCUCAGUCACGCUAUAAUAGGGCCCACAAACGGACACGGAGUGUUGUGGAACGGGGAAUAGGACAGCUCAAGCGCCGCUUUCAUGUCCUACACAGCGAGGUCCGAGUAACUCCCCCGGUGAAGGUGUGCAAGCUGAUACAUGUAUGCGGCAUGCUCCACAACAUCUGCAAGGACAGGAAUAUUCCCAUUCCUCUCGAUGCGGCUCAACCUAACGCUGAAGAAGUGGAUCUUGCCAUGGCACAACCUGAAGGUGUGCAAGUUGUGCCGCCACUUCCAGCUGGUCAGCGGAAUGAAGGUCGCCUGUAUCGAGAUGAAUUCUGCAACUUGCAUUUCCACAAUGAAGACUGAAACCCGUUCCUCAGCACGACUGGACAAGUACAUGCCAAGCUGCCUCCCGUGCCCUUUCAGCUGCCUCCUGCGCCCUUGCAGCUGCUUCCUGCGCCCUUGCC